GGCGACAGCAGCAGCGGGCCCCGCCGCCGCCGACAUGGUGUCCCCGGUCACCGUGGUGAAGAGUGAAGGCCCCAAACUGGUCCCCUUCUUUAAAGCCACUUGUGUCUAUUUUGUCCUCUGGCUGCCAACUUCCAGCCCAUCCUGGUUCAGUGCCCUCAUUAAAUGUCUGCCCAUCUUUUGCCUGUGGGUUUUCCUCCUGGCUCAUGGGAUUAACUUCUUAGUGUCACACCGGAGUGCCAGCCGCAUCCUAGCAGGACUCAUAUUCUCGGCAGUGGGAGAUGCCUUUCUCAUCUGGCAGGAGCAGGGCUACUUCAUUCAUGGUCUGCUGAUGUUCGCCAUCACACACAUCCUGUACUCUUCAGCCUUUGGCAUGAAGCCUUUGGACCUCAAAGCCGGCUUGCUGAUGGGCGUUGUUUCCAGCUCCUGCUAUGCCUUCCUGUACUCCUACCUCUCGGGCCCCUUCACCUACCUGGUGGCCGUCUACAUCGGCCUCAUCGGCUUCAUGGGCUGGCGGGCAGUGGCGGGCGUGCAGCUGUGCAAUGACCUGUGGACGUGGACCAAGCUGUCGGCCUGCGUGGGUGCCAUGCUCUUCAUGGUGUCGGACCUCACCAUCGCGCUCAACGAGUUCUGCUUCCCCGUGCCCUACUCGCGCUUGAUCAUCAUGGCCACCUACUACGCCGCCCAAAUGCUGAUUGCGCUGUCGGCCGUGGAGACCAGAGAGGAAGAGGACUUCAGGAAGAGGAGCUAGGUGGAGUGCCAAUAGUCUGUGAACACAUGGGUUGUGUCUCAGGUGCUGUAGCUGCAUUCGCCCCUGAGAGAGAUCUCCAUUUCUCUAGGCACACUGGUGAUGUUGAUUUUGCUUCUUUGAAGCAUUACCUUUGGGAAUUACGUUUUUUUUCAUUGGCUUUCUCUGAAUACAGCUUACUUCAGUGUGAAGUCCACAUCAGAAAGCUUAGACUGUCCCUGCAGUAGUUACUCAUUCAACUUUUUCUCCUUGGAAGUGCUGUACUACUGCAUUUUACUUGUUAGUCUCGAAAUUGAUGCUGAAUGUCUGGGAAGAGGAGGGCUGGUGGAAAGGAGGUUUGGCCAUGCACUGUGCUAAAAGGCUUGCUCUUGACUGUAGGCAGACAGGCACAGAUCUCUUCUAAAUUCAUAGGUAAAAGUUAAUUUAACCGAUGUUUGUCUCUUUUUGUGCAUUACAAACUCAGUAUGCAAACUGGAGCUAUUCCCUGCUGAAAGAAAGCUUGGAGGGAGACUAAAAACAUACCCAGAUGGGAGCUGAGCUCUGGAAUCAGUGACAGCAUGUGGGGCAGUACCCAGCAGAACCAGCAUGAAGGCAGAACCCCAAGCAGAGGGCACAGAGCAAGAGGUGUGCUGGCAGAGCCGUGUGCUUUGAUUGCAGUGAUCACUGCUCCAGGGCAGGUCUCUAGGUGCAAGUCGUCAUUGCUGCUUGUGGCACAACUGUAGAGAGCAGGAGUUUGGUGGGAUUUCAGGGACAUCUCGGUAGCCAGGCCUGCGUGUUCUCCUCACCACAUGCACACAGUUACACGGUGCCUACAGCCACCAGUGAGAUGUAAUGGGUACAUGAGGAACUUGGAUUUUUAAAGCAGAACUUACUCAUUCUCUUACUUAGUGUAUGCCCUAAUUAUCCUUAGUAUGACAGACAGGCAUCUAAUCUUUAUGCCUUUUUUCUCCAAUGUCCUAACAAGUAAUAUUCUAUGUAUCCAUUAAGUUUUAAUAGCAUUUUCUGUAGUACUUUUAGUACUGCUGCCUGCAGUAUCUUAAAUCUUUGUGUGAUCGUUUCCUGUGAUCAAGGCCCUGAUUUUGGAUGUAGAUUGCUGUGGUUUGCCAGCUGGUGGAAAACGAUCCUCUUUACACCACUUCUUUUUUUCUUUAGAAAGCCCUUUUCAGCAGAGCUUCCUGAAAAGCACUGUCCUUUCUGUUCAACAUGCCUGCCACUUCCUUCUCAAGCUCACAUGGACUCACACAGACCCCUGCUAGCUUUUCCCUUGUGUUGAGAGGUGCUGAGUGGGUCUCCUGCUCCUCUCCAGCCUCACCUGGUGUGCCUGGCAGGGAAUAGGCAUUGCCUCCCCAUGACUUCUCCAUCAGUGCAAAUGCAGCCAGUAUUACAGAAAUCUCGGUUAACCACCCUGACCCCCUGGGGGCAUCUGCUGCUUUUCAGACAGGGAUCAGAAAGGGCAGCUGCAUUAUGGAGAGGGAAUGCACUGUAGGUAGCACAGCCCCAUGUAAUCCCUUCCCUUUAAUGCUGUUAUGUAAUACUGUCAGUAUUCAUUCACUGGCACAUCGGGGCCUGCCUGGAGUAAACAGCUAAGGGAAUUUAGAGCCAUAAACCAUUUUCAUUCAUCAGCGUUGCUUAUCUCCUGGCCACACAUUGAACCCUGCACUGUAGCUCUCUGCAGAUGUCAUUUGCUGUUACUCAGCUUGGCUGUUUGCAGAGUGACCCAGCUAAGCAUUUGGGGUGAGUCCCACCAUCGUCCCAGCAUGUGAACAAACAGCACACUGCAGUCUUUAAGUCCCAGCUCCUUGGCAUGGGUCAGUCCAGCACACUCAGUCCUUAGCUGGCAGUUCUUCAGAGGAGCUCCCCCACAUCCUGAGCUUCCCUUUGCUUCGAGGGAAAUGCUUGCGUGAUAAAGUAAGCUUUAUUUAAAAGUCUUGAGUUUUGAUUAUUUUUUUCCUCUCUAGAAACGAGUAGUUUACCUGAAAAUAGCUGAGUUGCUUUUCUGUGUGCUUUUUCUUCUUGGCUCGCUUUGCUGUCCUGCUCUACCAUCAGCCACUGGAUACUUGCAGAAAAGAGUCUUGAUGUGUUAUUAGGAGGUCCCUCCUCUCCACAGGCCUUCAGAGGUGCAGUUUCUGGUGGCAGAGGUCUCUAGGUGGGACAGGAGAAACUUGUGAAGCCUAAGUGGGCUGUUGUUCCCUUGCUGUCCUGGGGCAGAUCACCUGGAGUGACUUGGCUGGGACACAUUGGCCAGUCACAUUGGCUCCAUCCCAGUGCUGCAACAGCUUCAGCCUUCCUGGGAACACAAGGCAGAGCCCUCAGCAUGCAAAGGAGAGUCCUGGUUGGCUUGGAGGCUUUCUGGCAAAGGCUCUUGGUCUUCAAAAUCUCUCUCUGGCUCUGCAUUCCUCUUUCUAAUCCGUAUUAUUUGAAUGAGACUAUUUUCCUGGAGGCUCUUUCCUGCUGGGAAGAGACCAGCUGCUGUGGACUGUGAUCUGACACAAUUUUGAGAUACCCAAAUCCUCAGAAGUACUAAGCAGUUGAUGGCAGGCUGUUAAAUAACUUUUCUUGGGAUUAAAACUGUUCCCUCAACCCCAGCGAGGGCAAUCUUCACUUUGAAAUAGAGCAAAAAAAUGAGUGGUGUUCAUAUGUGACCAUGUUGCUGUCCUGUUGCCUCUUUGCAUUGUAAAACUGAGGUUCGAUCCAUUCUUCUCCUUUUCAGGAGCACAGUCCUUGAGAGUCCUUUGGCUCUUUAAUUGGACAUAUAAAAGAUGCAGCACGUUCACUUCAGCCUCUUUCUGUGGGCAGAUCCUCCUUGCAAAGAACUCCCAGGGCCAGUCAAAGAAGCAGUGCUAAUUACAACUUGUUUUUAAGUGCUAGUAAUUCAUCUGGGCUGUGUCACAGGGUGAUGCUCAUGUACAAAUGGCAGUUCAAGAUGAACAAAGCCAGAAGAUUUUAACUUCAAGCUUUAUUCUUACUCUGUGCUGAAUACCUAGCUUCUUACUCCUCCAUAUUGAGGCAUCUGUAAGACCAAUUGGUCUAAGAAUUAAUCUUACAUGGCUUUUGAGUUGAUUACUGAAGGUUUCAUGUUGUCAUCAGUGGAGGUAAUUUAUAUAUUUUUACACAAGCUUAUAAAAUUCCCAAGAGGAGCUUGGCAACUUGAAGUGGAUUUUCAAAGUUUUCCAGUCCUGUAGCUUGACACUAACUCCUACAUUUUCAUCUUGCUAUCAUGGUGUUUUUGGGAGCUGUUCUGGAAGAAGCAGAUCAAAGCAAACAGCAACUGUAGAGCUUAGUGGCAGGUGCCUCUUUGCUUGGUUUCUGAAUACAGACAGGGUCUCUUAUGCAGAGGCAUCAUAACUAUCUUCUUGGAAGAGGAUGGGAAGCUGCUGUCUUCUCAUGACAGAAAUCCUCCUGGGUAAUUCUUCUGCCUUUUAUCCAUGCUCACUCAUUUUAUGGCCUUGGGUGAGUCACUUAAAUUUUCUGGGGCCAGGUCCACAUCUGGUGUAUGAGGGCCAGUGCAAUGCCGAGUUAUUCCAGCAGGGGACCAGGCUCUCACCCCAUUCUAAAGUGGAGCUAUUAGCCCUUACCUACCUCACAAGGGUGUCGUGAGGAUUGAUGUUCAUACAGCACUUUGAAGAUGUCAAGUGCUGUGUUAAGUCGCAAGUAUUAUCCAACUUUAAUGUUAAAAUUGCUUUUAGGGACCUGCAGGACUUCUCUUUAAACAUGGAAUAUGUGACUGCCUUUUCAAUUUGCAUCAGAUAGAAAAAAAAAUGCAAAAUAUUUAUUCAUGCUGGUUAACAGGAUGGGCUCAACUACACUCGCACUCUGAGGGAGGUUUAGCUUAAAAAUCGGAACUCUCUAAUUUCAGUUUUGUAAAUAGUUUUUAGUUCUUCUAAAAGGCUUGACCAAAUUCUUAGAUGUGAACCUUGUGUCCAACUUUUGCAGUCUGGUCUUGUCCUUCACUGUUAGCUACAGUAAGUAUAAUCCAACCAAAACAGAAUAUCUCACAGUCUGCUGGGGCUUUUGAACAAGCUGGAACAGAAAAUGAAGUCAUUCUGUUCAACUUUCAGGCUGCAGAAGUUCAGCUUGGUUUCACGAGGCAACUUUCAAAGGGAUGUUUAAUUUCUCUGAUUGUAAGUUUUACUGGCUUUAAAAUCAGCAGAGAGAGAAAGCCUUGAUGGAAUCAAUAAGGUCAGCACAUCCUUCUUGAAUUCCUUUCUUUUCACCUGAAUCAAGGAAGCAGUGGGCUUUGCAGCAGAGGAAGUGCUUGUACCACCAGUCCUAUGGCCCAGAACAGAAGUUGAUCUAGAAAUACAGCUCUCAACCAUCACCAUGUUCUCAACUAAGAUAAAAAUGCUGCUGUUCACUGAUCUAAAUCUGGACCACAGCUAGAAACUACCUAGUUUUUGUAGCACUAGCUGUUGUACAAACACAAAUGAAGGCAAGGAAUUACACACCAAGGAAUAUGAACUGUGUACACGUGAAAUGGACCAUAAUUUUGAAGCAGCUGCAGUAAAACCUUAAUAUGAACUCAGAAGCAAACACAAUGCAAAUUUUUAUGGUUUCUUUAAAAUAUUUGAUAGGUUCUCAUUUUCUUAGUUUGGAGAAAAAUUUCUUAAUGUUAUUUUAUUUUUGCUCUUACUGUAAAGAAUAAAACUACACAACUCUAGACGGACUACAAAUGAAAACAGGCGGCCAGUUGUCAGGAACGCCAAAAAUUCUGUGGCUUGUAUUGCUUCUGUGGUGACACUAUGCUGCUGUUCGGUGAACUACUGGAGUGGUGUGAUGGCUCAAGAGUGAGGUGGUAGCAUAGGAUGCAGGGGUUGAACCACCAAGACUUCAGUAGGAACAUGACUGGGCCAAUUCGGAUCAGUCAAAAGACAGAGCAUACAGAAAUAAAAGACACCUUUUCCUGACAGAAGAAAAGCAAGAAACCAAAACCAGCCCGUUGGGCAAUGGUGCUGAAUCACUAGAAACAUAUUUAUCUAGACCCUGCUGGUGCAGGUUCCUGCUGGACCAAGCCUUGCUCCUAAUUCAGCUGAGGAGGCUUGCUCCAAGCCUAUGGUGCUGGCAGGGUCAGGUCAGCAGAACCUGAAGCUUAGCUAAAUAAAACACAAAAACCAGAAAGCAAAAACAAAAACAAGAACA